AUGCAUACAUUCACUACUCUUGUCGCUCUUUCUGCCCUUGCUGGCACAACACUCGCGAGGCCCGCCCCGGUCCCAGAGGUGACCACCCGAAAGGGCUUUACUAUCAACCAGAGCGUUGCGAAACCAUUUCAGGCCGGUCCUGUGGUUUUGCAGCGCGCGUACCGAAAAUACAACCGCGUUGUGCCUGAUGCAGUGAGCCGUGCGGCUCAAGAUGGCACUGUCAGCGCCACACCGGAACAAUUCGACUCGGAAUAUCUAUCACCCGUGACCAUCGGAGGCCAGACCGUCAAUCUUGACUUCGACACUGGUUCCGCAGAUUUAUGGGUUUUCUCGUCCGAGCUUCCGAGCGCUCAACGGCAAGGUCAUGAGUUCUACGACCCAUCCAAGUCCGACACUGCUCAAGAACUCGAUGGUGCAAGCUGGAACAUCACCUAUGGAGAUGGAUCGGGUGCCAGUGGGAAUGUCUAUCUCGACACUGUGGAUGUUGGUGGCGUGACGGUCACCAACCAGGCUGUCGAGCUUGCAUCUCAAAUCAGUGCUCAGUUCCAACAGGAUGAGAACAAUGAUGGCCUUCUCGGGUUGGCUUUCAGCUCCAUCAACACAGGUAAUUGUGCCCGGUUGUCCUCCAAGCAUGCUUCUAAUAUGCACACAGUGACACUCGAUCAACAAACCACAUUUUUUGACACCGCGAUCAACCAAGGGGCUCUUUCCUCCAACCUGUUCACUGUCGAUCUAAAGAAAGGUGUCCCCGGAACAUACGACUUUGGAUUCAUCGACGACAGCAAGCAUACCGGCAAGAUCACGUACACUCCCGUCAACCCAUCGCAAGGGUUCUGGGAGUUCACCAGCACCGGAUACGGCGUUGGAAACGGGUCGUUCAAGAAAUCCAGCAUCGAUGCUAUUGCCGACACUGGAACCACACUGGUCUUGGUCGAUGAUGCGAUCGUCGCUGACUACUACAAGUCGGUGCGAGGAGCGAAAUACGACAACAGCCAAGGUGGCUACGUCUUCCCUUGCUCAGCAACCCUUCCAAACUUUGUCGUUGGCAUUGAGACUUAUCAUGCCGUGAUUCCUGGCUCUUUCAUCAACUUUGCCCCUACCGAUAAUUCUGGUACAACUUGCUAUGGUGGUAUUCAGAGCAACCAGGGACUGGGCCUCUCCAUUUAUGGCGACAUCUUCCUCAAGGCUGUCUUUGCGGUUUUUGACAGCGACAACACACAACUUGGAUUUGCUCCUAAAGCCUUGUAA